AUGGUUGAGUCUCCGCGCCUGCCUCUUUUACAGCUUCCAAGUCUCUGCUUCAUUCAGCAGCAUGGGCAGGAUGACCGAUUUGUACAUCUUGAGUUUGAUGCUGCGGCGGAGACCGUGAAUAUUCCAGACGGUCUUCUGCCGGUGACAGAAAGCUUGGCUGGCUUUUCAGAUCCGGUGGGCCACUUCAUCGUCGCGUUUGGUGUUGAGAGAGAGGGAGGUGGGACGUAGGCAGCGUCGGGUGGUGGUUGAUGCAUAGCCACCGUCUUUUCUGUGUCGAUGACUAGACCGAAGUCGCAGGCAGUGCGAAGAGGUCCAUGCUCCUUUGCAUAUCCCCUUACGAGGUGGCGUUGAGGGCGCAGUCGUCGGCGACGAGGAAUUAAUGGACGGUAGUUGUGAAUACACACGACUGGAAUUGCAUCCACCUGUGGUUGAGGUGGUGGCCGUCCGUCCUGUAGAUGAUGCGGAUCCCAGGACGUUCGUCACGGUAGGCGUCCAUCAGCAUGGCAGAAAACAUGAGACUGAAGAGGGUAGGCACGGGAACGCAGCCCUGCUUUACUCCGUUGGUCGAUGUGAAUGCCUCUGAGACGGCCCUAUUGUCUGUAACACGCGCCAUAAUGUCAUUGUGGAGCUGGUGCACCAUCUGAGUGAAUCGUUACGGACGGCCAAAUUUCUGUAUGAUGUUCCACAAUCCUGCGCGGUUAACCGUAUCGAGGGCUUCUGGCAGAUCCACGAAGGCAGAGUAAAGAUGCACUCGCAUCUCAUUACGCGUCUCCUGCAGUUGGUGGGCGGCGAAGAUCAUGUCUGUGCUUCCACGAUGACGGCGGAAGUUGCAUUGGCUUUCCGGCAGGAGUCCUUGAUCCGGAUGGUUGUUGAGACGGUCGAGAGGGAUACGGGCGAAGAUCUUUCCAGUGAUGCUGAGGAGAUAAAAGCCUCUGUGGUUGUCGCAGAUUUGAGGGCUCCAUUUCCGCUUGUGGGAGUGGACGAUUGUGGCGUCCUCGAAAUCCUGAAGGGCUUAUCCUUCAAGCCACAUCUUCCGGUAGAGCGCUGUCAGGUGAUUCGUAAGUUGGAGGCCGCCAUGCUUGUAAAUCUCUGCAGGGGUCGCAUCUGA